AUGUAUGCCAAAUCUGGAGACCUUCAAACAGCCAAACGAGUUUUCGAUAUCAUGCCAGAGAAAAGCGUGGUGUCAUGGAGUGCCAUGAUCGCUGCUUAUGGUAUACAUGGUCAAAUGAUUGAGGCUGGUUCACUCUUCACAAAAAUGGUAGAGUCAGGCAUCAGACCAAACGAAGUAACCUUCAUGAAUAUCUUAUCCGCAUUCGACCUCCUAAGCCGCGCUGGUGAUCUUGAUGGAGCACACAGAAUAAUUAAAUCAAUGCUCUUCCCUGUAGAUUCUAGCAUAUGGGGAGCUAUACUUAACGGAUGCCGAAUUCAUGGUAGGAAAGACCUGAUUCGACAAAUUAACAAUGACCUUCAAGAAAUAAGUACAGAUGAUACAGGGUACUAUACGUUGUUAUCUAAUAUAUAUGCCGAAGGAGGAUACCUCCAUGAAUCCAGAGCGGUGAGAACAAAGAUGGAAGGGAUGGGACUAAAGAAGGUUCCUGGUUAUAGCACCAUUGAAGUUGAUAGGAAAAUCUACAGAUUUGGAGCUGGGAAUGCUUCUGAAUCUAAAGAAAUUUACAUGUUUGAAGAAUACUUACGAAGUUUGGGACAACUAUGUGACGUAGAAGGCUAUAAUAAUAUAUUUUCUGAGCAUUUUAAUAUUAAAGAGCUUGCGGAGGAAAGCUAG